UCAAGGCCCACCUCAGCUGACUUUCUGUAUGACCAAUCAGAACAGAAGAGCUGGAAAGAUCUCAAAGCUGCCAGAAUUAUACGCAUCAAUUGAGAACUUUAAUAAGGCGAGGAAGAAAUCAAACCUUUUAAAAAUUUGCAGCAUUUCAUUUGAGGAAGCACAGAAACGGCUUAUGGGAAACCUGGAUGCGAUGCCAUUCACUGGCUAUGUGGCUGCUGUUAAACAAGAAGAUCCCCUACCUGCUGUAGAGUCUGAGGUUCAGAACAAGAAGCCAACGUCCAUGGCAGAACUACUCCACCACAACCUGCUGACGGGCUCCAUCUCCCCAUUGGAGCAGUUAUCCAGGUCCCAGCAGAGACUGGCCCGGAGUGGCAUCCUUCCCCCUGGGCACAUUUUUCCUUACAGUGUAAUGGUUGACAAGCCCAGCAUUUCUCCACUGGCUAAUAUUAGAAAGAAGAGUCAGAACGUCAAAAUCAUAAGCAGACCCCUCCUAUCCUCUGCCGCCCAAGAGAAGCUAGUCUACAGAGAUAAAUCUAUAAGAUGCUUCUCCAUGGAUCCAGGAAAACAAUUCAUGGACCUAGUGGAUCUGGAAUGGAGGUAUUUUAAGGGGCUUGCAAAGUGGAAACACACUAUUCCUGAAACUUCAUUCUGGGACAUAAAAUAUGACACAGAGAAGAGAUUUGUAGAAAGCCAAAACAUGCCUGGGGGUAUUUUUCCUCCUCUAGUUUGAAAAACUGUGGUCAUUCCUCCUCAAAUUGAUUAUUAAAAAGGAGGAAUGUAUUGUCUUAAAUGGAAUUCAUAAUUUACUGAAAUAUUUUUGAUGUGGAUUUUAGCUUUUGAGAACACUGAAUUUAUGCAGAAGAGAAAGCACCCAAUAUGUAUUCUAUACAAUAUUCAUGCAAAGCCCAAACCCAAACCCAAAUAUUAAGUAAAAGAUCCAAUUGAUCUGCUAACACAAAAUCUAGUUUAGAUUUAUGAAACCCUUUUGGACCAGGGAUGAAGCAAAUAUUGAUCAUACGAAAAGAAAUGGUAUGUAUGAAGAAUUAUCCAGCAAGAAUUACUCUUUUAAAACAAUUUACUUGCCCUGUACAAGUCUCCAAUUUGAUUCCCCAAUAUCCUAUUUCCCAAAAGUUAAGUACAUAGUAAUUCCAUCACCAUAAAGGUAGUUGCAUAAUUUGAUGAAUGGAAGGAUUAUCACCUGUGGGUAUACAGAUCAAUGUGAGAACUUCCAAAUAAUACGCUGCCUGCUCAAAGGCAUCAGGAAGAAACAUCCAUAAGACAAGAACAGGAAGAUCUGAACAGGAACAAAUUGGAAAUAUCGGAA